GGGACGAUCAGUGUGGGGAUAGAUGCCACCGACCUCUUUGACCGUUAUGACGAGGAGUACGAGGACGUCCCCGGGAGCGGUUUUCCCCACGUCGAAAUCAACAAGAUGCACAUCUCACAGUCCAUUGAGGCCCCGCUGACGGCCACAGACACAGCCAUCCUCUCGGGAAACCUCUCCACGCAGAACGGGAACGGCGGCGGAUCCGUCAACCUAACGCUCCGGAGAGUGACGUCCGCCAAAGGCUGGGGAGAGCUAGAGUUGGGAGCUGGAGACCUCCAGGGGCCUUUGCUCGGCAUGAAGGUGUUCCGGAAUCUCACACAAAGAUGCUUUGUGACCACGCACGGGGCCCUGCAGUUCUCCUCCCGGGGGGUCCGCCCCGGCCUGACCACCGUCCUGGCGAGGAACCUGGACAAGAACACCAUGGGCUACCUGCAGUGGCGCUGGGGCCUCCAGUCCGCCAUGAACACCAGCCUCGUCCGCGACACCAAGACCAGCCACUUCACCCUGGCCUUCCAGCUGGGCAUCCCACACUCUUUCAUGAUGGUCAGUUACCAGCACAAGUUCCAGGACGAGGACCAGACGCGGGUCAAAGGGUCCCUCAAGGCCGGCUUCUUUGGGACCAUCGUGGAAUAUGGGGCGGAGCGGAAGAUCUCCCGGCACAGCGUCCUGGGGGCCACCGUCAGCAUCGGGGUCCCGCAGGGGGUCUCCCUCAAAAUCAAGCUGAACCGGGCCAGCCAGACCUACUUCUUCCCCAUCCACCUGACGGACCAGCUCCUUCCCAGCGCCGUCUUCUACGCCACGGCCGGGCCCUUGGUCAUCUACUUCGCCAUGCACCGCCUCAUCAUCCGGCCCUACCUCCGGGCUCAGAAGGAAAAGGAGCUGGAGAAGCACCGCGAGAGUAGCGCCAGCGAAACGCUGCAGAAGAAGCAAGAGGCCGAAGCCGCAGUGCGGCUGAUGCAGGAGUCGGUCCGGAGGAUCAUCGAGGCCGAAGAGGCCAGGAUGGGCCUGAUCGUGGUCAACGCCUGGUACGGGAAGUUCGUCAACGACCAGAGCCGGAGGAACGAGAAGGCGAAGGUCAUUGACGUGACGGUGCCCCUGCAGUGCCUGGUCAAGGACUCCAAGCUCAUCCUCACCGAAGCCUCCAAGGCCGGCCUCCCAGGUUUCUACGACCCUUGUGUCGGGGAGGAGAAGAGCCUCAAGGUGCUCUACCAGUUCCGUGGCGUCUUGCACCAGGUCAUGUCUUCCGACAGCGAGGCCCUCCGGAUACCAAAGCAAUCGCACCGCAUCGACACGGACAGCUAAUCGGGGAGGAGCGGUUCAGCGGGUUUCGGGGCGACGCUGUGAUGCUGUUUGGGGAUGACAUUUGGGGGACGGCGCCCCUCUUUUUCGCCUUUCCCCGGCGGCUUGCGUCGCAGGACAGACCCACAAGGAAGCGGUUUGGUUUCCAACCCGACGGAGAACCCCGAAUGUGGCCAGAAGCCGGGUCCGAGACCAAGACGGAAAGGAAUUGCGGGAUAACGAAGGGCCCGAAUGCGACUGGAAUUGGUGGGCGGGAGAGGCCUCGGCUCAAGACGGACACCUUUCCGACGCCGUUCCAAACAGGACACCCGUCUUGUGGGAUGGAUACAAAGGGUGCCGAUCCCCGGGGCGCAAAAAAAGGAGACAAGCUCUGGUGUUUGCGUUCGGAGUGCCUUCCUUCCUUCACUGGGAAGGGGUCCACAAUAAAUGGGUCGCCAGCCACCUCAUUCGCAACACCGGGCCCCGUUUCCCGUACCUACAUUAGGAUUCUGCCGUUGCUCUGGCCAAAAAUGGACCAGGGAUUGCAUUGUUUUCCCCCUUUUCUCCCCAAAAUCAGGUGCUGCGUUCCUUCACCCAACCUUGUUUCUGGCCUUUGGUGUCCAUUCCUGCCAAGGCGGCCCUAAAUAACCCUGUUAGCUUCCUUUCAUGUGGAUGGAAUUAAAAAUAAUAAUAAUAA